AUGUCUGUCAUACAAGCCAACAGAGGGAUGUCAUCCUUUCAACCGUUCCAGUGCCUUGUUUGUCAAAGUCGCUUUACCCGACACGAGAACCUCAAGCGACAUGCCGCGCUUCAUAAUCGCUCUCAGACAGAAGCCUCGCUUCCUUGUGACCUUUGCCACGCUACUUUCUCUCGCCUCGAUCUACGCCGUCGUCAUAUGAAGAGAAAACAUCCAGAGCACGAGCAGAGAAGGACCAUACAAAGAUCAUAUCGCGAGAGAAGUGGUGGAUGGAGAUCUCAAGACAACGUAGAUUCUGCAUCGCCCAUAGAAGGCGAGCUAGAGAUGGAUAGAGAGGUUUGGCAGGCUGCAUUACGGUAUGUGCAGCAGCAGACCAGCCAUGACAAUGCCGACAGCACCGAUCUUGCAGUUAACGCUCCUGUAAGCGUCGGAGAUAGCACUUACUCGAACACAGACCCACUACCGCAGCAGCCGUCCGUGAACGAGUUGGGUGAUCUUGACCAGAUUGUGCAAAAUGCAACGGACCUGGAGCAAAGCCUGUUGGUGGGAAUGUCCCCUCUUAACCAUGCCCAGCACCUUGUUACCCAACUUCAACAGACUAUUCCACAGUCUGCCCCGUUUAAUACAAAUCUGGCGGGAUUCAACUUCAACCAAGGUCUCCCGGAUAGUUUGUUGUUUAUGGACUCACCGCGACUCCAGGACGAUUGGUUCCCGUCCCCCCUGCAGCUCACACGAGGCUGCGAGCUCUUCUUUGCUCAUGUUUCGCCAUUUGUCCCUUUCCUUCACCAACCAACGUUCAAUGCCGCUCAAAUCCCUCCUCUCUUGGCUCUGGGCAUGCUCUGUCUUGGUUAUCAAUAUGGCGAUGAUCCGGAAUGCGGUGACCAGGCAAGCUCGGGCGUCGGACUGUCUACACGCUGCUUCCAUAGAGCCCGUUCUUUGAUUUCAUUUUCACCCGAUGAGGGAACAGCGGAUGGUCUGACAAACAAUGUCUUGGUAGUUCAAUCGCACUUGCUACUCCAAAUAUGCGCCAUGAUGUACCUCUGCGGUAACGAUUCAGCAUACGGCCUCAAGAUACAUUCGAACAUGAUAUCCCUUGUCCGGACCGGAGGGCUAAUGGCACCAGCAACAACCGCAUCCACCAUGACUGAAGACCUGGAGUCCUUAUGGCGAGAAUUUAUCAAAGCCGAAUCACAUAAGCGAACAGCCUUCGCCGUCCACCAGAUCGAUGCGCUGUGGUACCAAUUCUUAUCUAUUCCUCGCUCGAUCUCCCAUUUAGAAAUCAAACACGAACUGCCCAGUCCAGAAGACUACUGGACAUCAUCUUCCUCAGUCGAAUGGGCAUAUAGGCAACUGGUUUCUCGACAUUCAGGCCCCUCGGUACAAUACACCGAUGCCGUUCGACGCUUUCUCUCACCCGAUGCGGAUCUCACCUCCAUUCCACCAUUUGAUCCGUACGGAGCUAUCAAUAUUACACAAUUCCUCGUCUCCAGUGCCCGUGAAAUAUCUGGCUGGUCUGCCAUGACGGGCAUGCUCAGCAUGGAUAGGUUCAGUGCACUUAGGUCAUCACUCGUCGCACUCAGCCGCUUCAUCCGCCCAGAACAACAGCAACCGGUGCCAGUGACAAAAGCAGCAACACACGCCGCAGCUGUGUCCCGCGCGGCAGAAGCAACAUGGGAGACCGCUAUGAUAGAGCUACACAUGUGGUCCCCAUCGCACACCGGCGGCAUCGUGGAAGCAAGCAUAGAUGCCGUUUUAAGUCAGUUAACAACCUAUCUGGGCCCAUCAUGCGGAAUCCUCGAGUCAAACACUGCCAAAGCUAUCCAGCCUCACGUCAACUGGUUUCUGCGCUAUCUCGACAUGACACUCACACCAAACUCGGAAGCGCCGUGGAUUGCAUUCUACGCGUACAAGGCGUUCUUGAUUGCGUGGCAGCUUAUGCACGGGAGGGUGGCUGGUGCGAUGCAUGUCGUUGGUGUGCAGGAUGGAGAUGUGGAGGGGGCGUUGGGGUGGGCGAGAAAGGUGUUUGAGCGUAGAAGGAGGUGGCAGCUUGGAAGGCUUAUUCUUGCAGGUUUGGAUGAGUUAGGGAAAUAA